AUUAAAAUGAUAUUUAAACUAAUGUCUCUAUGCUUAUUGCCUUUUUGUAAUUGUUUAGAAGAAAUUCCGCAUGCUUGUUUGAAUAGAACUUCGGGAAACUAUUAUUGUUGUUCUGAUUUUGAAGAAAAAGAUGGGAAAUGUGUUGCAUGUGAAACUGGAUUUACCUCAGAUAACGGUGAACCUUGUAUACAAUGCAGUGGGAUAUUCUUUGGCGAUCGAUGUAUCUACGAAUGCAAUUGUCAGCACAAUCAAAAAUGUCACCAUAUCCACGGAUGCAUAAUUGAGCACUCCUUGAAACCAACACCAACACCAACAAGUUUGGUCCUUAUUACUACUGACAUUGAUACACAUGAAAAAGAGACAACGACAACCAGAGACAUAGAAUACUCCCAAACCUAUUUAACUACAACGUCGCCGGUGCAGGAAGUUAGUUGUAUGGUUUCUACUGAACAAACGCCAGGGUUUCAAUUAGAACUUCUUAUCUACUCUGCUUCCGUAACCGGUUUUACAUUGAUACUUAUAAUCUAUGUAUGCAAGAAAUGUACCUUCAGGAGAAAAACUUCAAGCGUAUCUAUGUCGUUAAAUGACGAAGUAAAUCCAAACGAUCCUCCAAACGAAAGGCACGAGACAUUUGAGUUGAGCGAAGGAUUAUACCACACUAUUAAUGAAGAUUACAUUUUAAAUAUAAGUAUAAACGACAAUCCAUAUUUAGAAGCGGUGGACGGAUCAUCAGACUCAGACAGUAUUAAAAACGACAACGGAGAAAAAGUGAGAUACACUCCACCUAACCGCAGACAAAUCACAACGACCUCUGACAAACAUCCAUACGAGAAAAGCCGACCGGUUAGCUUUAAAAGUCAUGACCAAAUUUCCAGCAUCCAAGAAAACGACCAAGACUAUCUUACGCCUAAGCCAACAGAUAAUAGUCCAUUGACAUUUGAAGCUGAAAUAUUUGCAAUGAUUCAUGCAGAGACGUCCUCGUCCACAGGAUCGGAAAAUGAUAAAAACGAUAAAAACGAUGGUAUUGAUUAUUUAAACCCUUACCAACCUUUAGAAAAGUGUAAUCAAACUGAAAAAGAUAAUGGUUAUGACAUUCCAUUGCCCGGUCCAACAAAGUAAACUCUUGGCAAUGUCGUUAAACAAUUGUCUAAAUAUGAAAAAAAAAACAAUACAGAAACUUUGCGAUUGAUACUCUUGUUCAUAUCGUACCAGUAAUAAUGACACAGGAAGCCAAUUACUAGUUUUUUAAUUGGAUUUUAUUUAUGUUUAUCUUACUUAAACCAGGAUAUUAUCAACUUAAAGAUGUAUUGUCUCAAUAUAUAUACUUAGAUCUUUCAUGAAACUGAGAUCAUCUUCGUUUUUCUGGGAAAUAUGCAGAUAAAACGAAAUAUUCUGCUUUCAUGAGAAGGUUACACAUGGUAUUGUCCUAUGUGUCAUUUUGAGAUAUAUUGUAGAUUGAGAUAAAUUCUUGAAAAAAUUCAUAAAAUUAAACAUAGGAUACCAUGCUUGUUUUCGAGAAAAAUGAGAAUCAACAUUUUACAAUUUCGCGAAAUUUUCUUUUACCUUUGAGAUUUUCUAAACUCUAACAGGGCCAUUAUGAAAAAAACAGGGCCAUUAUGAAAAAACAGUGCCAUUAUGAAAAAAAAACAGGGCCAUUAUGAAUAAUCAGGGUUAUUACGGAUUUUCUAUUGUUAUCAAUUCAAAUACAUUUCUGGGGAAAAGAAACAUCAAGAAAUUGAAAGUUCUCAAGAAUCAUGACUCAGUAUCUUAUUUGACCCAGUUGUCAAGUUAAUAGUUACAUUACACAUUUCAUGAUGGGUAUCAAUUUAUUUGAUAUUGAGUUUUAAAAUCAAGACUGAAAUCUUGUAUUUUGUAUGCAAUAGAUAGCUUUGAAUAGGACACUAAUUAAACUAUAUUUACAUUUACAUGUUGUUCCAUCACAUCACUUUUAAAGUUUCUUUUUAAUGUUGCAUUUGGUAUAAUUAUAUAUAUAGUUUCUCCACAAAAACAUUAUUUGGCUUGAUUAGAUCUUACACAUUGACGGUUUGGUAAAUGAGAAAUGUGUGUUUUCAAAUUGACCAUGUUAUUUGUCCUCGGUGAGUUAUAAUGGCAUCGGGGGCUGUAAUGUCCCUCGGCGUUGCCUCGUGCCAUUACUGGCAUCUUCGACCAUUAUAACAGACCUUGGACAUAUAACAGGGCCAUUAUGAAAACACCCAUUAAUUAAUACUAUAGUAUUUAUAUUUUACUUGAUUUGUCUUUUAUCGGGAAAGUGUAUAUGAAAUUAUGUUUAAGUGUACUGUAUGUGCUAUCAACUACUAGCAAAUUUUUGUUGGCGUCUUUGUCAGAUUUAUUUGUAUGUUUGUUUGAAUUUUAAAGCCAGUUUGUUUGUCUGUCUGUGAAGUAUGUUUAUACAGUUUUGGCUGCUGGAUCCCAAUUAUAAGGAAACUAUA